ACUGUAUGAAAUCUCGUCUCCCGAUAAUCUCGCGAUACUUGAGCAGACAUAUUUGGAAACACCGAUAAACAACGUGAAACUUGACCAAAACAAUCUACAUCCAUCUGUAAAAUUGGUAGGGAAAAGGUGAAGUUUGUGUGUUAAUAAAUAACCAAAAAUGCCGGCUGCUCCAAAGCAGAAGACUGCUCCGAAAACUUCUGGGAAGAGAUUUGAAUACCAGGAUAAAGAAAAACCGACCCAAAUACGAUUUAGCAACAUCAAUGCUUCAAAAGCUGUAGCAGAAGCUGUGAGGACUAGCCUGGGCCCGCGUGGCAUGGAUAAAAUGAUCCAGGCUGCAAAUGGGGAUGUGACAAUCACGAAUGAUGGAGCAACUAUACUGAAACAGAUGCAGGUUUUACAUCCUGCUGCAAAAAUGUUAGUGGAGCUGUCUCAUGCUCAAGACGUGGAGGCGGGUGAUGGGACCACUUCUGUUGUGGUCAUUGCAGGGAGUCUCCUAGAAGCUUGUGCCAAACUGUUAGCCAAAGGUAUUCAUCCCACUAGCAUUUCUGAGUCCUUUCAAAAUGCUGCAGAGAAAUCCCUGAAGGUUCUACAAGAAAUCAGUACGCCAGUAGAGCUAUCCGACAGAGACUCGCUCUUGAAGAGUGCCUCAACCUCGCUGAAUUCCAAGGUGGUGUCCCAAUACUCCAGCCUGCUCUCCCCACUAGCUGUGGACGCAGUGAUGAAGGUCAUAGACCCAGCUACAGCGACCAAUGUAGACCUCAGGGACAUCAAAAUCGUCAAACGCUUAGGUGGGACCAUUGAAGAUACUGAGCUCAUUGACGGUUUGGUGUUCAAUCAAAAAGGAGGGGGCCAGGGCGGGCCAAACAAAGUGGAAAAAGCCAAGAUAGGAUUGAUUCAGUUCUGUAUAUCUCCACCUAAAACCGAUAUGGACAAUUCUGUUAUUGUGUCAGAUUAUGCACAAAUGGACCGGGUGUUACGGGAAGAAAGGCAAUAUAUUCUGGAAAUCAUUAAGAAGAUCAAAAAAGCUGGCUGCAAUGUCUUACUCAUACAGAAAUCAGUUUUAAGAGAUGCCGUUAGUGAUUUGGCUCUUCAUUUCCUGGCAAAAAUGAAAAUUAUGGUUGUCAAAGAUGUAGAGAGGGAAGACAUUGAGUUUAUCUGCAAGAGUAUAGGAUGUAAGCCCGUUGCUAGCUUGGAUCACUUUCUGCCAGAAAGCUUGGGAAGUGCAGACCUCGUAGAAGAAGUUCAAACUGGCUCAAGUAAAAUUGUCAAGAUAACAGGAAUUGCCAAUCCUGGAAAGACAGUGACAGUUUUAAUCCGAGGAUCCAACAAGUUGGUGCUGGAGGAAGCUGAUAGAUCUAUACACGAUGCUCUGUGUGUCAUCCGAUGUCUGGUCAAGAAAAAGGCAUUGAUAGCCGGAGGCGGAUCGCCAGAAAUUGAGUUGUCUCUGCGACUAAAUGACUAUGCCAACACUUUGACGGGAAUGGAGCAAUACUGCUUCCGAGCUUUUGCGGAGGCUUUAGAAGUUAUUCCCAUUACUCUAGCAGAAAAUGCUGGUCUGAACCCUAUAGCCACGGUCACUGAACUGAGAAAUCGACAUGCUGAAGGGGAGAGAACUGCUGGUAUAAACGUUAGAAAGGGAGCCAUUACAAACAUUUUGGAGGAGAAUGUUGUUCAACCACUUCUAGUUAGCACAAGUGCUGUUCAUCUAGCAACAGAGACCGUUAAAAGCAUAAUGAAAAUUGAUGAUAUUGUAAGUAUGGAAAGCUUGUAUUAUUACAUACAUGUAGCACAUUGAUUUGUUGACAAGGUACAGACUGCUAAUCUUUGACACUCCAAUUGGUUGUGCGCGUGAAGAAAAUACACUCUUGGUAAUAUUCUUGUUUUUAUCCUUCUUUUUACAGGUUAAUUGUGCAAGAUAAGAAUUGAAACAACAAUUAGGAUGUUCAAUAGUGGGACACUGCCACCAGCCAUCAGUGUUAUUUAUAUCUCUGCAGAACUCCGUGAACUGCUAAAUAAACUUGAAAACCAGAUGUGUGAAAUAAUAACCAUUAUGAAAGUGAUUGUUUAUCUUCUGUAUGUAAAUGCUUGGAACAAAUUUCAUAAUAAAAAGAAAAAAAAUUGA